AUGCCAAUAGAUUACCAUGGAUCAUCAUCUCCAUCUUUCACGCGUUCUCGCCAUUCGAUUCUUAGUAUGAAACGUGAUCAAGUUGUUUAUUCAUUAGACAAUCAAACCCAAGACCACGAGCUUGAAGCUUUUCAAAAAAAUGUAACUCAAAUGUUUCAUAAUUUAUCAUUAGUUGAAUCUACCGAACUUUUGUCUAUUUCUUGGGUAUCCAAACUUUUAGAUGUUUUCAUAUUUUGUCAAGAACAAUUUAGAUUUAUUCAAUCAAACAACAAGACUUGUUUGAGUAAACAACCAAUGGAGAAAGCAAUUUCGGAUUAUUUUGAAAGGAGUGUAAAGGGUUUGGAUGUAUGUAAUGCAAUUAGAGAUGGAAUAGAACAAAUGAGGCAAUGGCAAAAGCAGUUGGAGAUUGGUUUAAGUGUUUUAAAGAAUAAAAAAGAUAUUGGUGAAGCACAAUUAAGAAGGGUUAAAAGGGCUUUAACUGAUUUAACUAUUGAAAUAGUUGAUAUUGAGAAAGAUUCAAACAUGAAUGUAGCUCAAAGACACCGGUCAUUUAAUCAAAAAGAUUUGCAACAUCAACAAAGCAAAUUUACUAAACAAUCAAGAUCAUUAUCUUGUAGUGUUUUGAGAUAUUGGUCGGCUUCAAAACAACUCCAAGCAAUUGGGAACAAUAUUGUUUUACCGAAAAAUAGUGAGAUCGUUGCCACUAAUGGGCUCAUUUUGGCUGUUUAUACAAUGAGCCAUGUGUUAUCUUUUGUAAUGUGGGCCUUAGUAGCCGCGAUACCAUGUCAAGGUCGCGGGUUACAAGCCCAUUUCAACACUUUCAAGAAUUUCACUUGGGGGGUCCCGAUUACAUCAUUGUAUGAAAGAAUUUUGGAGGAAUAUAAGAAGAGGGAUAGAAGGAAUUCAUGUGGAUUGUUGAAGGAAAUUCAUAGUAUCGAAAUGUAUGUGUCUUACAUGAAUGGAUUUAUUAUUGAUUCUAUGAGAUUUCCAUUGAGGGUAGAACAGGAAAAAGAAGUGAAGAAAAGAAUCGAACACCUGGAAAUUGUUUAUGAAUCUGUGGAGAAUGGAUUGGGUCCAUUGGAGAGACAAGUAAGGGAAGUUUUCCAUCGAAUCAUUCGUUGUAGAAUUGAAGGGAUCGGUUCUGUUUCAAGAAAACACUCUAGUAACAGAUGA